GGAAGCCUCUCACCCACCACACCUCUGGCCUAGUCUCCAGUUUUGUGAGCCUAAAUAAUUUUUUUUUUAAAUAGCUCUACCACAGAUGCAGCAGCUUCACUCCUAGGUAGCUAUCUGAGGAGGGUAAAAACACGAAGUCAAGGGGCUCUCUGCGCUCCUCUGUCCAUAGCCAAGCCGCAGAAGCAGCUACGUGCCGACGUGCCGAGCCCAGGUCCUUUACUAUGUCUUUGGCUGAUACAACAGAGAUAAAUGUAGAUGAGCAUUUCCCCGGUGUGACUCUAGAAAGCGCUGGGCAGUCUGCAGAGAGAAGCCCAGACACAAGCAAUUUUCCCAGGAACGGUAACACUUCCGAUAAGAGUGUUGAUUACAGCAGGUCACAGUGCUCCUGUGGAAGCUUAAAUUCUCACUAUGAUUAUUCAGAAGAGUUUCUCUCGGAAUGUUCAGAAACAGCUAACAGAAACUGCGUAGAGAAGCUGGCGGUCAGCGAAAGCAAGGAGGAGAAGAAAAACUAUGUUUCUAAGCUCUCCCAACCUAAAGUUAACAGGUGGCCUUGUUUCCGAGUACCACAGUGCUUGGAUUUCAGUGUCUUCUUGCCUUUCAUCUCAGCUGGACAGCCACGGCUUGACUUGCCGAUGCAGCAUAAAUACCUGUCUCAGCACCCCAGGAAGAUGGCCCCCAAGCCCGGCCUAGAAGUCUCCAUGGAGAAAAGGCACAACUGCAAGCCCCCUGUUUCCAAUUCUCAAGCCCACGGGACCCAGAGGAGAGAUGCCAUGACUCACCGCAUCCUCUCUGCAAGGCUUCACAAGAUCAAGGAGCUGAAGAAUGAACUCACUGACAUACAUCGCAAGCUGGAAAUCACAGUCAUAGAAAACAAGUUUCUGAAACAAGUUCAGCUGAGGCACCUGAGAGCUAUUGGAAAGUACGAGAAUUCACAGAAUAACCUCCCUCAGAUUGUAGCUAAACAUCAGAACGAAGUGAAAAAUUUAAGGCAGCUGCUUAGGAAAUCCCAGGCAAAGGAAAGAGCCGUAUCCAGGAAACUGCGAGAAACGGACAGUGAGCUGCUCCGGACGAGAGACACUCUGCAGGCGCUGCAGAGACUGUCUGAGGACAAGAGCCUGGCAGAGAGGGAGGAGCUCACGCAAAGGCUGUCUAGUCUUACCACCAAAAUGGAGGCAAAUGACAAAAAAAUCCAGAGCUUGGAGAAACAGCUGAGGCUGAACAAUAAAGCCUUUAGCCGCCAGCUGGCCGCGGAGAACCGGAAGACGGCGGCGGCACAGACGGCCACGCGGACCCUGCAGACGGAGGUGACGCGCCUGCAGCUGAGACUCAAGGAGAAAGAUCGAGAGCUUGAAAUCAGAAACAUCUACACGAAUCGGAUACUGAAAAAUUUACAUCACAAAGAAGAUUAUCCCAAAGUUUCUUCAACAAAAUCAAUACAGGUGGACAGGAAAAGCUUUCCAUUUACCAUUGUGCGACACCAGGAAACCCAAAAAUCAGAAGACGUCCCGCCUUUGACAACUAAGGGGAAAAAGACAACCGGAUACCUGGGCCAUAAGGAAAGGUCCAGUGAGAUGGCCCGUGCAGCCCCUCCCUGCACCAGUAGGCCAGCCCCCGCAGAAGACUCUAGGAGGACGUGUGCAGAUUCCCCGAGGGACGAGGAGAGGCCAGAAGGACCACCGUCCUUCGCCGCGCCCUCCAGGCCCGCAGCCAGGGCCGCCACCUUCACCGAAAAGAAGAGCUGCCUCAUGGAGGAGCUCUUCGGGCCCGGCUGUGUCCUAAAAAGCGACGCCCCGAGCCCUGACGUUGGCAAAGCCUCGGAGGAGGCUGCGAGGAGGAGAACGCAGCAGCGCCCGCCCCCGAGCCAGGCCUCGGCCAGCAACGCCUUCGGGGACUCGAGAGCCACCGUGGUAAACCCGUCCUCGCCCACCGAGGGGCGGAGGAAAACCGUGGGCUGA